AUGGAGCUGAGGCCGCCCCAUGGUGGGGCCUUGCCCGGGGCUGCAGUGCCCAUGGCCGACCCUCUCCUCACAGUGACCUUGCAGACAGCCCCUGGUGCCAAGCGCCGAGAGGAGCCACUCCGUGGGCAUGGGCAGAAGGACAGAGCCUCUUCAGACCCACAGCAGUCCUUGCAGGAGGCACUCUCCUUACUGGGCAGCAAUAACUGGGAGCUGAAGGAAAAGGGACUCCUCACCAUCAAACACCUGGCUGGGUCCCAUUCAGAGGUCCUGCUUUGUAGACUUCAUGAGGUUUGCUUGGCAGUUACCAGCGAGGUGACCAACCUCCGUUCCAAGGUGUCCUACUCUGCCAUUGUCACUCUGGGAGAGCUCUCUGUGACCUUGAAGAAGGACAUGGACUCUGAGGUGGAUGAGGUUGCUCGGGUCCUUCUCCAGAUGGUGUCCAGCUCCCCAGAAUUUGUUCAGAAAGCAGCCAGUCAGACCCUGGGGAUCAUGGUGGAGAAUGUGACUCCUGCACGAGCAAUGACUGCUCUCAUGGACAUGGAAGUCAACAGCCGCCCCGCCCCGGUGCGCAAGUGUGCGGCCCAACUCCUCCUGUCCCUGAUGGAGAGAAUUGGAGUCACCAAGCUUGCAGGCACACCCAGGGCUGACAGCACUGUGCAGUGUCAAGGGAUGGAAAACCAGAAGGCUGAAGGCCCAUCUGUCAAGGAGCUGGUGAAGGAGAGGAACGAUGGCUCAAAGAAGCCCCAGGCCACAUUGUCUUAUUGCAAACGGGUGAAAUCUACGUCUGAUGGACGCCUCCUACACUGUGCAAAAGCCCAGGUCAUGUCACCUCCAGCUGUGGAAGAAACGGAGCUGCUCCAGAAGCUUUACCAUCUCCUAGAAGCCAAGGGGUUUCAGACAAGGAUGGAAGGAGUGGAACUCCUCCUAGACCUGUGCAAAACCAGCCCCCAGCUCAUCUCCACUAACAUUGUCCAAAUUUUUGAAUAUUUUGUCCUGAGAAUAUCUGACAGCCACAAGAAAGUGAAGCAGAGGGUGCUGGACGUGCUGGCUGAAAUCACAGGGGCCCUGAAAGAUGCCUUGAACCCGGUGAUCAUUGGUUUGGUGGAGGGAAUAACAAAGAACCUGAACUCAAAGGAUCCCAGGGUUCGUGGGGCAGCUGUGAAAGCACUGGAAGAAUCCAUUGCUCAUUUGGAUAAAGUGUCACUGCUGAAAGAGUUCAGCUACCAAUGGAAUCACCUGAGUGGCCAAGCCCUGCUGGAUGUCACCGAGCGUAUCACAGUGCUUGUGCAGGAGGUUCAUGCCAGGAGCCCUGAAGUCGUCCAGCGCGACGCCCUGCCCGUGCUCUGGUCCUUCCUGGGGAACAAGGCGCUGCCUGUGCGGAGCGCCAACAUCCGCACCGUGGCCACCAAGCUCGCCUCUGCCCUCUACAAGGUGAUGGGCACCCAGCUGAAGAAAUGUGCUGCCAGCAAGCCUCCACAUGUGCGGGAAAACCUCUCCAAAAUUUUGAGCUGUCAUGGCAUGGGGGGCCUGAAGCAGCUCCAGACUGAAGACAAGGUGAAGGGCAAUCAUGGCUCAGCCUUACACAGAGAUCUGGCUGGUUACAGUCUUACCGAGGAGUUUUCUCUGGACUCUUUCCAUGUUCCCUCACCCACAAAGUCCUGGUCUCCCGUCCAGAAGAGCUCUCUUUCCUCCAAGCUCAAGAAGAAGCUGCCACCUGUGCCUGGGCCCUUCCAGGACCAGCUGCCCCGUGCAGGAAGCUGGAGGGAUGCCGGGCAAGGGGGCUGGAUCCGUGCCACAGCCUCAGGCAGCGCUGCCCAGAGCCAGAGGAAGAUGAAGGUGGCUGUGCUCAUUGUGGCCCUGCUCUUCUCCAUCCUGCUGUGCCUCGCAGCACAGGCCAAGCCCCACAAGGCCCAGUCCAGACCCAGCCUUUGUUCUCCUUUCCAGGCACUCCUGGAAGGAACCCAAGAUGAUCUGCGGUAG